CAGUUAGUUGCUUACCGGCUAUAGCUUAUAGCGCAUCCUUUCAAGAAGCGCAGUUUUUUCUGUAAAAAAUCAGCCUUGCGUCUGAUCAUUGUUGUAAUAAGAAUGUUUCAGUGGUUCCCCUUUAAUCGCUUAUUCGGUAUUACUAUUGAAAGUUUUCGGAGAGCUGCUGAUUGUUGAGUAACAAUUGAAAGGCAACUUGAAUUUGACAAUCGUGUGGAUAUUUGUCGUUCGUGACUGUGUUUUUAUUAAUAACAGGCAAUUGUUUUGUAUUUCCAAGGAGAUAUGUACAUAAUUGCGUGAAGUAAUGGCAUCAUCGCUUGGGAAAACGAGAUUUAGAGAGUUCUAAAUUUUGAACGUAAUAAGGGUCCAACGGGGAUUCCAAUAUUCAGAACUCGAAUUCCGUUGCAGCAACCGGAACAACUCAGCAGCAGUAACUUGGAAUACCCGGUUUCGCCGGAAAUAUCGCGUAAACCGUGCGAGAGAGAUAUCGGUAAAAAAGUGCGUGUCGAGGACAAGGAAGGAGUUUUGCGGUUUUUCGGUCGUGUUCAUUUCGGCGCGGGUGUGUGGUGCGGUAUCGAGUUGUCGCGUCCGAUCGGUAAACAUGAUGGCCAUGUGCUGGGUGUGCGGUACUUCUUUUGCGCCAAUCUUUGCGGUUUGAUGGCGCCGCUAACAAAAGUUGCGCUCGUCGACCUAUUGUUAGCAGAUACACCCAGCGAUAAGGAGUCCGGACCUCACAGUAUUCUUUUCGGCAUCGAAGAUGCUUUAAAAAAAGAUAAAUCGAAGAAAAGACAAUACCUCACACACACCGAAUCUUCAAACUCUCCUCCGACUACAAAAAUCGUCAAAAACAACACCAAUCCCUUCCUUAACGACUUCACUGAAUGCUCCAAUUUUCCCGACAUAGUCAAUUCGACAAGGGUAGCACCAAAAGUUGAAGAUGCGUACGUUCUGCAACCCGAGAGAUCUGACAAAACGUUCACAUCGCUUUCUGCUACCUACGAGAACAAUAAUCCAUUCAUUAGUUGUUUAAAUUAUGACACGGCCGUCGAUAAAACUUACUCAAAAGACGAAUUAGAUCUUCGGCUUCUCGAGACUCGACGUGGCACUUACAGUUUACAGCACGAAGAAGCACAAAUACUCAAAGCGACGUUGGAAAGUAACAGUUCCAGUGGGGAAAACACAUUAGAAUCGGAAAGUAACAGUGCGGAAUCGGUCAGGAGACUAAGUUUUAUGUUCACGAAUCCUUACUGUGACGAUUCACUUACUCAUAAUAUUACACGACCAAACGUAUUGUCUCACUCAACACCGAAGAAGGACUCCGAAAACGAUAUCGAGUGUUCACCUCGAAGACGUUGUCGUAGAAAUGUGACCAACACAUUUACAGCAGAAGAGGACAGCAACAAGAGGGACUCCUUGGAAUUAGACGAGUCACUGGGAAUUUUGACUCCAGACCAAAUGGCCGAUUUCAGUGGUUUCGUUGAGCCGAAAGACCAACCGAAGAAGAAUUCUUCUUUAGGCGUUCAUGAGCUGAACGCAACCAUCAAAGGAGAAGAUAAUGACGGUCUCCUGCAAACAACGAACGAAGACGGCACAUCGAAAAGUUGUACUAUCGUUUUAACACCUGACGUUAAAGCGGAAUUUGUUUCUAGUCCAGUGAGUCUGGGAAUAAUUGACGAGCAACAGCUCAAUCCAUUAGACUCAACAAAAGGCGGUGACCAAAGUAUAGUAAACGACUUAAGCUUAGGCAUAAUUGACGUUAAUUCUCUAACCAAAUCGGACACCACAAUGAACAUGGAUCUUCCUCUGGACCCUGUAGAUCCUGAACAAAGACUUUACACUACGAUCCGUUUCGAACAAACCCCAUCCCCAGAAGAUCUCCCUCUCGACCCCACACCUACAUUGGAUAGCGAACCCAAAACCGAACCCAGCCACUCCAAAACGACCACCAGUAACUUUAUAAUGAGCAUAACAAGUAUAACGAGCCUUGAUACGGGAUAUCAAGGAGAUGGAGAGAUGUCCAGACCAGCAAGCAGAGGUGCUGACCAUUCUCCAUUGUUUAAACGUCCAUUACCUAGGAGAGCCAUCGAUCCCAUGACUGAUUCUGACUUUUAUACUGAAUCUGACGCCGAUAAUCACGAAGAGCAUAACGUAAGGGGUGACAGGAGGGCCCAAAUUAUCGACGGGACCCUUUAUGGCAUCGACGCGCAGGCAGCGGCCGAUAUCUAUGUAAACAAUCGCGAAAAUAUGGACUCCAGUGGGAUAUUUACCGAUAUCGAGGCAAACAAAGUCGACGAUUCGUCUGAAAGCCUCUCGAGAGUAAUCCGAACAGACGUCUCUCCCACAGCCUCUGAUACUUCCACCAAAUCGAUAUCUAGUAAUAGUCAAAAUAACGCUCACGUUCUUAUGUCGAAAAAUAAUAACAUUAACAACAAUAAGAGUGUAGAUGAUAAAUUGAAUGUCGAAACUAAAAAUGCGGUAAACAGAUCUAUGGAAACACCUGCCAAAAGGAAGUCGAUAUCAGUAUCUAGUGCGGCUUCCAGUCCAGAUGCUAGGUCUCCCAGUCACGCCUCCCGAAAGGAAUCUACAUCCCAGAAGUCCUUCAAGAUGCCCAAGAGAAAUGUAACGUCCAAGGUGAAAGCCAUGUUGGAAAAUGACAAGACUCCGAAAACUAAAGCACCUGUGAUUAAUAACGUUAAAAAGAUCGAAACUAGGAAACCUGUAAACCGAUGGGACGCUGUGAUGAGCAAAAUAUCCAAGGCUCAAAAUGACUCUCCUAAAGUCAAAGACGUCAAAUCUAAAGUGUUCAAUGGUUUCAAUAAGGAAAAUGUUGUCCAGAACGUUAACCAGAAAUCAACAAAUAAUAAAUUAAGAAGAACUAGAUCUCGGGUGUUGGAGAGCAGCUCAAGUCCUAAAUUGAAAAAAAUGGGAAGCAUCCACAGCUCAGCUAGUGAUUUGAGCAACGCAUCCUCAGCCAAAAAAGCACUUGGUUCCGGUAAAAAGAGAGAAGUGGCGAGAGUAACACAGGUCCUGACGACCUCCAAGAUAUCUCCCCGUAGUCUUCACAAAAACGCAGCCAAUGAAAUUAAAAGAACUCCAAUUUCUUACGCUAACAGUGACACCAAAGCAGCUACCAGAAGGGCAGUAUUUUUACCUAAGGACAAGAAAACACCACCAAAUGUGCCUUCAAAGGACUGUGGAAAAGCGGCAAUUAAAGGGGGUCGUACGUCGCCCAGCGUUCGGCCCCCUUUACAGUCCCGGGCCACACAUCCGUCAGCCCCCAAAACUGCCGAAGCUCUUGCUGUAUUAGUUCAACACUUGGUUUUUACGUUGGAUGCGUUUCGUACACCGUCCCUGAAGAAGCAGAUCGAUAAAAGUCGAAUAGAAGUAGAAGAAUCAAAAUUGGCGUGUCGUAUUUUGGAAGAAAAACUCUUAGAAACAAACAGGAACCAUGCUCUCAAAAUUGAUGAGGAGAAGGUCAAAUAUAGAUCUGAAAUAGCUGAACUGAUGGAACAACAUCGAAACAACAUUUCACAAAUACAUCAGCAACACCAAAAAAAGUUAGGAAUCCUCGAUACAGAACACAAUAAACUAAUGCAACAACUUAUUAAAUCUCAUGAAGAGCAGCUGCAAAAGCUUAGAUCAGAAUUCAAUAAACUUCAGAAAGCUCACGAGCAAACUGUGGAGAUCUUAAGAGAAGAAAACGAUUCUACACGAGAGGAAAUAGACGAGAAGAAUGUCAUCAUAGAGAAACUACAGAAAUAUAAAACAGAAAGCGAAAAACUUAAGAAGGACUACGAAUGUAAAGAGCAGUCGCUCAAAGAAGAGCUUAGAUUAGCUCACGAGGAAAUAGUAAAAUUAAAAGACGAAAAUACAAAAGCAUUUUGCAUAUCGAUCGAUGGCAAAGACAGCAGUAACAAGUUUCAGGCUGUCGUUGCCGAGGUGGAAUCUCUUCGUGCAGUUCUAGAACUGAAACAAUCCGAAAUAGCAGACCUGAGGAAGGCUUUGGUAGAGGCGAAUCAGAAAGCCGAAUUGUUACCUUCCGUCGAAGAAAAAGUGUCCGCACUGACGGCGAGAUGCGAGGACUUGCAGCAUCAGCUCAAAGUGAAAUUCGUCCAAGAGCAACAACUCAUCAACGAUAACAAAAAACUCCAGGAAUCGUUUAGGGAAGAGUUCAAUCACAACAAACGUCUGACACAAUACAACGAAGAACUCCAAUGGAAACUGCAACAGAAUAAAGAGGUCGUAUCGAGAGUAUUGGAACAAGCAGAAGAAACGGCGCUGAACAGAUCGUUUCUUAGUGCUAGUUUUAACGAACGCCAUCACAGUGGGAACAACCAUCCUCAUUCUCCUUCGAGGCCGCAGUUGGAACGAACUUUGUCCUUCAGAGAACAUUCUUCGACUUCUAAUAAAUCGAACAUUAUCCCUAGUAGUAGUACGCCGUCGUCGCAAAAAUCCAAAAGCUCCUUCGAUGUCGAUCUAUCUAUAGAUGUAUCACCGCCAAACUCGCCAAAAGUGAAGGGAGUUGUUGAAAAAUCAGAUUCUGUAAGUUACGUACUCGAAAUGGAGGAGAGUCCGGAAAUGAUAGCCAACAGAAUAGUGAGAAGGAGCUUCCGGAACCCGACACCACCGAAAAGCACUCCGACAAAAUCCCCGGCUAACAAGAGGCCCAGGAUCAAAAAUCCUUUGAGUUUAAGUGCUUCGGCAAACGCAUUGAGUGUCGGCCCCUGCAGUCUUGACAGGGAAGAUAGGUGCCGUUCUAGAUCGGUUAGUGUACGAAACGGGGACUUGGACAGUUCACAUUCGGAUGAUGUGUUCAUAUGGAACAAUAAUUCCACUUGCAGCUCUCUGAAUGGCGAGUAUUCAGAGAUGCAAGCGAUCUCGGUGGGUUACGGGGUAGAUUCGAUACGAAUAGAAAGCAACUCGGAAGACGAGAGCACCGCGAGUUCGUCGAGCAGUGGACACUUUUAAUAAUAGUAAUAAUAAUUGACGUUGUUCUUUUUGUGAAGUUGUAUUAUUUUUUUUAUCUGUCUGUAAAUUAUUGUUUCGUUGGUUGUUUUUAAAUAGUGGAUGAUAACAUGUGAUUUUGUGCGUUUAUCGAUAUUACUGUUCUUCUGUGGCACGUAUUCUAUGAUGGGAUUCUUUUUAUACAUAUUGUAUUAACAUUUUCUUUCAAAGAUGUAUUAUUAUUAUUGUAUUUUUUUUUUAUUUUUGUAGGUUGUGAUUUAAAGUAAUGAUUAUUAUACAUAUAAAUAUUGUCAAACUAAUAAUAAAUGGAUCAGUAUUAUCGCGACUUUUUGUAAUAAAGAUUGCUUUAGCUUUGCACGAGAUGUCGUUUCGGGGCGUUAAAUGUACGAGAGUGGUUCAAUAAGUUGUGACAUGAGGCAGCGUUUUAGAUUAUCAAUUUGUAUAGUUGUUGUUUUAAAAAUACUUUUGCGUUAUUUAUUUAGGAAACCGCAGCGUUUUAUAAAACAUUAGUAUACACAUGCAUUUUUUAAUACUGAUUUAUUUUAAAACUUGCGCAAUUUUGUAAUUUUUAAUAAUAUUGCAAAUUAAUAUUUAGUUAUUUUAAAUUAAAGAACGAAUGUGGAUGUGUAGUAAAUUUUGCAAUGUGUACUCAAUUUGCAGAUGGAUAACAGUUUUAUGAUAUUCUCAUGUAACAUGUUUUCUUUCAACUCCACUCGUCUAAAAAAUAGUAAGGGAGUUUAAGAUUAAUGUAUUUCUUACAUUUAGUCCUCAUUAGCUUACAUUUUUAUUAGAAAAAGUAAUAUAAAAUAGGUAAGGCUCGAAAAACAAAUUUUUCAAUACAAGGUGCAUUUUUAGAGAGUUGGAAAAUUAAUAUUUGAAGGUUUUAGCUUCCCUAUUUUUUUUAUUUAUAGCUAAAGCGUUCUUAAAAGAUGAAUUAUCACAAUUUUGCGGUAAUCUGUUAGUAAUAAUUACAUUUUCGUAAUUGUUUUUUCUUAUUAUUUGUUAUAUAAAUCAAAGAGAAAUAUGGUCCGCUGAUGGAAAAUUAUUUAAUUAUUUAUAAGCAGAAUAUUUUUUCAGUUUUAUGUAACGUUGGGUGGGUGAUUACGUUAAAAUGUAUAGAUUCGUUUGGAUCAAAUAAUAUCGCUUUUUGAACUACCCUCGUAUGAAUUAAAAAUAUAAUUAUCACACGUUAUAAAAUUCGAAAUGUACAUAUUUUAUAAUCGUGUUUGAAGUUGUUGUUUAAGAUGUGCCUUUUCGAAAAAUACAUACUUCCAAUUCAAAACAAAAUCGAAAUUACUAUCGGGCACAAUAAUCUCUAUUUGAGGAUCAGUGUUUAAUCCUUAUGCUAAAGCAGUCUCUAAUAAAAAUGGAGACAAGUUAAUUAAUUACUACAUAUUUAUUUUUUUGCAUUUCCAAUGUUUUGUUGCUAUUGAUAUUUUACAUAUUUUACGAACUGUUACACAUUACAUUUCGGAGCCAAAGGUUCAAGCACUUUGUAAAUACAUAAUGCUUAUAUUACAUAUAGCAUGCAUAUACCUAACUAAAUCAAUUCAGAGAAGUAAAAAGUUGUGUAAAAACCCUUUUGAAUCCAGAAAAUUUUUCAUUUUUAUUACUUUUCCGUUUUUUACAAUUGAAUGCAGGUGUUUUGUUUGGUUUAAAAAUGAAAUAUUUUUUUGUUCAAGUUAUUAUUUAUUGGUUUUUAUACCUCAUGAGUUAAUUACUAUUCUUGUUUUGUUUCGGCAAAUAGUUGUAAACGAAAUAAAUCGUAUAAUUCAUAUGGUUUAUAUAAAUAUUAAAACUUGCAUGAACAUUACUAUUUUCCACUGAUGAUCGUUUAGAAUUUCUAUUUAACAAUAAAUAAUCGGGUGCAAAUAUUGGGGAUUUAUCUACUUUACGAAAUAAAAGUGUUCUAUGACGAAAAAUUGUCUGCGCUAUCACCGCUUGUAUAUGACAUGUUGUCACAUAAAUACUAAAGUAGUUUUAUUAUAAACAAUCAAACAAG